AUGAUAGCCUGUGAAGCUGCUCAAAACUCCUCUUCUACUACAACAUUUUUGGGUCUAAAUUCCUUUGCGGAAUUGAACAUAACUCCGAAGAUUUCAAAGGAAGUAGUCCAAGAAGUGAAAAAUGCGAAUGAAGCUAGGAGGCGGCAGAAGACCAACAGUAACGAUGGAAAUCAACUUAGUUAUCGUGGAGUGAGGAUGCAUAGUUUUGGUAAAUGGAUAUCGGAAAUCCGUGAGCCAAGAAAGAAAUCAAGAAUAUGGCUUAGGACAUUCCCCACUCCAGAGAUGGCCACUCGAGCCCAUGAUGUUGCUGCACUCAAUAUCAAAGGCAAUUCAGCUUUCCUCAAUUUCCCCGAACUGGCUCAUGAGCUUCCCCGUUUGGCCACUUAUCACACAAAGACCUCCAGGCUGCUACUGCCAAAGCAGCUGCAGCCACAUUCGACAAGCAACCAGCAAGUUGCGAAGUUGAAACCAAAGACCAAUGCGAGCAGAGUGGAUCAGAAUUUCCAAAUUUUGACUCCCCAAGUCUCACCUUCACGCCGGACGAUGAUACCCGAGGAGAAUUGA